AUGAAGACGUAUGAAUCCAUCGCCUGCUUCGGUGAGAAUUUUGGGAGGGUGGUGAAUAAUGAAGACGUUCCGCUUUUGCGAUGGGGUAGAAAGCGUACACGUGCAAGUUUUGAUAACUUGUUGGCUGCCGAAAUCAAAGAGCAUGGCAAGGUGCGUGUGAGGAGAAUGGUUUUGAAGAACUCAAUUGAGGAGAUGUUUCCUAAAUGGCCGGGUGAAGCUGACGACCCACAACUCGUUAGCUUGAUAACAGACAUACAUGGAGGUAGAUUUGUGAAAGGUGUUUGGGAAGUGCAUAGGAAUACGCAGGGUAAUGCGCAGAGGAAGGGGAAUGAGAAGAAGAAGAAAAUGAAGGGUGGAGUUUCGUCAGAAGCUGAGCCACCCACUAAGAAGCAGAAGAAAGUUAAGACACAUAAUGAGUCUGGAGAUGCUGCAGCGAAAAAGGAUUCUAGCGAGAAGGAAGGUAGCAAAGAUUUGGCGUUGGAGAACAAAGCGACUCUGGCGACCAUUUCACGGUUGGAAGCUUACGAGUUAGACCGGAACAGACCAUUGAUGGACCAAAAGACCAUUGAUGACAGGGUGAACGCUUUACUGGAGGAGCGUCUGAAAGUUCUGGGAGUUGGGAAAAUUCCCGAAAACAAUGAUAAUCCCUCUCCACCAUCAGUAGAUAAAUCUUUAUUGUUGGCAUCAUUGGUGGUUCAAACGCAGCAGAAGUCUGUCAAUAGUCCAGCGUUAGCUGCGACUCCUGGUAAGGUUUUUGGACCGAAGAAGAAUUUGGCCAAGGAGCUUGAUAAGGAAUCAUGGGUGAAAAGGAUUUUGGAUGAGGAGUUUGGUAGUGUCGCUAAAGCUACUGAUCUUGAUAGUCAACCUCUUGAUUUCGUAUUAAUUUCUCCUGCAAAGGCUACUAACAAUGAUAAGGAUGCUAAGGUUCCAGCCUAUGGACGCGGCUGCAGGGGCAGGCGUAUUGUUAAGGGUAAAGAAGCCAAUGAGAAGAAAAAAGCAGCGCAGGCAGAUGCUGCGUUUAAGAGGAAGGAGAAGGCUGAGGCUAAGAAAAAAGCGGCUGAGCCUAAGAAAAAAGAUGCUGAGGCUAAGAAAAAAGAGGCUGAAGCUGAGUCAAAGAACAAAGAGGUGACUCCAUCUGGAGAGGACAGUGUAUUUGCUGAUGUGACUGACGAAGGUGUUGGGGGAGAGAACGAAAUUGCGCCGGAGUCUGAUGUCGAGAAUCAGGAAGUGAUUAGAUCUGCCAUAGUAAGGGAAUAUCGGGAGAAACGUGUUCAAUUAUCUCCAAAAGGGUUUGCAUUGACGACACUUUCUUCACCACUAGUUUUUCCGUACGUUGGAGAUGAUGGAACGACGUGCAUGAGGAAGAAUGUUACUCCUUCAUCAGAAAUAUAUGACCCUCUAGCACCUGUUGAUCCGAUGCUAUUGGAAAAACUAAUGCAACAGAUUAAGCGAAUUCCACCCAAACCACCAGCACCAGCACCAGCAGAUAAACCAGCAGUCCUCUCCGCUGAUCAUGAGGGUGACUUCUACAGCAUACUCAUCCAUGAAAGACCGUGGAUGGAAAAGGAAUAUGGAUGGGUGUUUGAUAAUCAUGUCGUUGCGUAUUUGAACGUCCACAUUAAAAGGUCCAUGCGAAAUCCCACUCCAUUCUGGUCUAAGCAGAUUGCCUUCAUUGACGUUUGGUGGCAAAGUUUUUUGAUUCACGAUUUCACUCAGUUCAAGAUAAAACCUAGUAUGUUCAAUUUCAAAGGCAAUGGUUAUGAAGAUAUGUUAAAGGGUAAGCUUCCCGAACGCUAUCCAACAAACUUGAAGUGGUAUGAAGAUGUGGAUCACUUGUACGGAUGUCUUCAAACCGGCAGAAAUCACUGGGUUGCGUAUCAUGUGGAUCUGAAGAAGGAGAAGAUUGAUUGCUACGAUCUAAUCUUUGGAGAGGAAACACCUGAAAGAAAUUCUUACAGACGGCGUUUGAACGCGGAAAGAGGAACGCCGAAACAAUGUUGGUGUGGUGAACCCUGUUACAUUUCUACAUCUGGAACCGCUACAAAUCGAGGAAGAUUGUACUAUUGCUGCGGAAAAGGAUAUAAUAAGAGACAUUUAUUCAAAUGGGCGGAUGAGUGUUUGGUGGAAGAGGUUGAGGAUAUAAUGUCAUUGAAAAGUAGCAUGAACAAAGACAUCUCGGAAUUCAGACUUAACGUUGAUCGGUUGGAGAAAGAGAUUGAAGUAAUGAAGACGGCGUCUGAGGGAAAAUGA